GUCUUAAUAGAAAAAGCAAAGCAUUUAAAGCCGGUCUCUUAAUUUUCCCUUCUUCUGCUGCUGUUCAGUUCUUGACUACUACUACUACUUACUCUUACUGUUGUGUUAAUAAUGGCUGCGUCUUUGCAAAUGCCGGCUUUAAACCCCUUUGUUUUUGUUUGUUUUUAUUUUCUAAUAAAUAAAUAAAAUAACACCGUUUUUCUUUAAAGAAGGGAGAGAAGAAGAAGAGAAGAAUUCAGACAAACAUUUCUUUUCUCCUUCCUUGUUCUUCUUCUUCUUAAAUUAUUAUUAUUAUUAUUAUUAUUAUUAUUAUUAUUAUUAUUAUUAUUAUGCCCUAUAGUUAGAUCCAUGUCUUUAGGAUUUCCUGUCCAAAUUCCACUUUUUGUUUUCUUUUUCAUUUUUUGAUUCUUGUCAUGCUCUACUUCUUGAUUAUCUCUUUUUAGGGUUUGGAAAAAGAUGAUUUUCCAAAAAGAAGAAAUCUGGGUUUGAAGAAUUGUUUCUUGUUUCGAAAUGGGUUGUGUAUGUGGUAAACCAUCAGCAAUAGAAGAUAGUAAAGAAAGUCCUCCAGCAAAAGAGAGAAUAUCAAGCAGUAAUAAUAAUAAUUAUAAAACAUCAUCUGAUUUAAGAGGAGGAGUUGCAGUACCAAGACGUGUAUCGACAAGGAGAGGGGAAGAAGUAGUUUUCAAAGAGAAAGAAAGGCCUCCUAAUAGCAGAGGAGAUGGAAAUGGAAAUGGAAACGGAGGAAGAGUUGUUGUGAUUGAUAAUAAACAAAAAGUACAUACAAAUCGUUUGUCUACAGAGAAUUUUGUUGAAAGGAAAAAAGAGAAAACUGAGGUUGUUUCUAUACAUCACCAACAACAACAUCCAAAGGCUGCUAUUAGUCCUAAAGGCAUUGAAAGUGAACAUGUAGCUGCGGGUUGGCCUCCAUGGUUAGCUGCUGUUGCUGGUGAAGCUAUUAAAGGCUGGAUACCACGUCGUGCUGAUUCUUUUGAAAAGAUGGAUAAAAUUGGGCAAGGAACAUAUAGUAAUGUGUAUAGGGCCCGUGAUCUUGAAACUGGAAAAAUUGUUGCUCUAAAGAAAGUACGAUUUGACAACCUGGAGCCAGAAAGUGUUCGAUUCAUGGCAAGGGAAAUUAACAUUCUGCGUAAACUUGAUCACCCAAAUAUUAUAAAACUUGAAGGCCUCGUAACAUCACGAAUGUCUAGCAGCUUGUACCUUGUUUUUGAGUACAUGGAACACGAUCUUGCUGGGCUUGCUUCUUUUCCAGGUCUCAAGUUUACGGAGUCACAGGUUAAAUGUUAUAUGCAGCAAUUACUUCGAGGACUUGAACAUUGCCAUAGUCGUGGCGUUCUACAUCGUGAUAUAAAGGGUUCAAAUCUUCUAAUUGAUAACAGUGGCGUCUUAAAGAUUGCAGAUUUUGGGUUGGCGAGUUUUUUUGAUCCUAAGCAAAACCAAGCCUUGACAAGCCGUGUUGUAACCCUCUGGUAUAGACCGCCUGAGCUUUUACUUGGAGCCACUCACUAUGGGAUAGCUGUAGAUUUGUGGAGUGCUGGGUGUAUACUGGCAGAAUUAUAUGCGGGUAAACCAAUCAUGCCUGGGAGAACUGAGGUGGAGCAGUUGCAUAAGAUUUUCAAGCUUUGUGGUUCACCGUCUGAGGACUAUUGGCGAAAGUCAAAAUUGCCGCAUGCAACCAUUUUUAAGCCCCAACUGCCUUAUAGGAGAUGUGUUGGGGAAACAUUCAAAGACUUCCCUGCUGCCGCAUUAAGUCUCAUUGAAACACUCCUUUCAGUAGAUCCUGCAAAUCGUGGAACUGCAGCUUAUGCUCUAAAGGGCGAGUUCUUUACAACAAAACCACUUGCUUGUGAUCCUUCAAGCUUGCCCAAGUAUCCUCCAUGUAAAGAGUUCGAUGCAAAAGUAAGAGAUGAAGAAGCUAGAAGGCUAGGGACAGCUGGAACCAAGGGACAAAGGGCCGACCUUGAAAGAAAAGUACCAAGGGAAUCUAGGGCCAUCCCUGCACCUAGUGCCAAUGCCGAACUAAUCAUGUCCAUGCAGAAACGACAAAGCCAGUCCAACUCUAGGAGCCGCAGUGAGAUGUUCAACACCCAGCAGGAAGAAGUUGCUUCUGGGUUUCCUAUUGACCCACCUAGGCAAUCACAGGCCGAAGAGGCAAGUAAAGAUCCCCAGGCAAAUUAUCAUAGGAGAGCUUCACAUUCAGGACCGUUGGUUCACCGAACAGCAUGGUCAAAGGCUGGGAAGAACCUGGAUGAUGCUCCAAAAAUGUCAACAGGGGCAGACUUGUCAACCUUGUCCAGUUUAGUAGCGGCAAGGAACUUAUUGUCUGAUGACCGCAGAGAAAAAUCUUCUUCUACACAACCCGAGGCAAAAAAACUUGCCAGGUUGCCGGGGUCAUUCAAUGAUGUCUCUGGCUCUACCAGAGGACAGGAUUAUUACGGUCAUCAUGGGCAGGGUGUGUCAGGUUCCCAUCAACAGGAAGCUGCUAGGUCAAGCAACAGGGACCAAGUUAUGGGUUACGGACCCAAGGGACGCAAAAUCCACUACUCUGGCCCACUACUAGUUCCAUCUGGGAACACAGACCAGAUGCUCAAGGAUCAUGACAGACAGAUCCAAGAAGUUGUUCGACGAGCACGUAUAGAUAAAGAGAAAGUCAGGAGAGUUCAUCAAGGUGGCGCUGAAGGCAACCACCAAAGACCAGCUCGCCAUCAAGUACUUGCAUUCAGUGGUGGAGGCGCGUAAUGAAUGGUGCUCCCGCAGGUUUCAGCCAUUCCUUUUCAACACCCAUUUUAACGCAAAUAUUCAUCAAAAUGUUUUAUGUAUUGCAACAGUGUCAUUUUUUUGUAAGGUAAAAAAAUCAGCCACUGUUUACAUCUCCACGAAGUUCCACGUAGAGGGCUAAUAGGGUGUAAUAGAAAUUAGGGUACAAAGCGCAAAUGUCAGACUGUAAUUAGAUGUUUCAUGUUAGUGUAACAUCUGAAACAUCUAUCUAUGGCCUUCUUUAUUUACUUUCGGAGACUGUUUAUACACUAGAUAAUGUUCUUUAUCAAGUAUCACCUGUCUAUAUUCAGACUCUUCCUUCA